AUGACUGCCGAGAAGGACCUGGAAAACAGCCCGGAAUCCAAGCCGGCCGCUGAGAAGCCGAGCUUGGAGAAGACGCCGUCCGUCACCGGCAAAUCCGUCCUCGAGGGAGAAGUCAUCCAGGAGCUCGACCAAGGUGAAAUCUUCCUGCGCGAGAGCGGCUAUGAUUGGGCUCAGGUUGAGGCCAUCCUCAACGACAAGCAGAAGAUGAAGGCCCUUACCCGGAAGGUCGACACGUGGUUGCUACCGCUGCUCAUGGGCACCUACGUCUUGCAGUACAUCGACAAGUCGACCACCUCGUAUGGCGCAGUCUUCGACCUGCUCUCCGAGACGAACAUGACGGGCGACCAGUACGGCUGGACUGCGAGUUUGUUCUACUUCGGAUAUCUGUUUUGGGAAUACCCCGCAAGUUACAUCGCCCAGCACUGGAGGACCGGAAAGGCAGUCUCAAUCACUGUCAUUGCAUGGGCUACUGUCCUCAUGAUCACUGCUGCGUGCGAAAACUUCGGUGGUGUCGCCGUGUGCAGGUUUUUCUUGGGAUGUUUCGAGGCACCCAUUACUCCCUGCUUCAUGUUGAUUGUUUCCAUGUGGUACUCCAGAGACCAGCAACCCUUCAGGGCCGGUUGCUUCUACUGCUGCAAUGGAUUGGGGUCUGCCCUUGGCGGAAUCUUCACCUACGCGAUCGGACAAAUCGACGGCUUCCCUGUUUACAAGGCCAUCUUCCUUAUCUGCGGUUUCAUUACCUUGGUUUGGGGUGGCGUUCUGUUGUGGCUCCUUCCGGAUAACCCCAUGACUGCGAAGCGCUUCACUUUGGAGGAGAAGGCUGCACUUCUCGGUGUUGGCAGGAAGAACCAGACUGGCACAUUGAACCGCACCAUCAAACCACAUCAGAUCAAGGAGGCCUUCAUGGACGUACAAGUUUGGAUCCUUUUCUUCUUUGUUCUGCUCAACGAGCUCAUGAACGGCGGUGUUGCCAAUUUUGGCAAGCUCAUCAUCAAGGGUCUCGUCCACGACCCUCUCAAGACGACUGCCCUCGGUAUCCCGCAAGGUUUCUUCCAGGUGGGCUUCGUCCUGUCUGGUGGCUUCUUCGCUUCCUACUUCAAGAACUCGAGAACCAUUAUAAUGGCGCUCUACGUACUUCCUACCAUUGCCGGCGCCUCUAUACUCUGGAAGAUGCCUCGGUCUAACAAGGUUGGCUGCUUGUUCGGCUACUAUAUUGUCGGCGCCUACGUCGCCUCUCUCACGAUCGCUCUGCAGAUGCCGGCUGCGAAUGUGGGCGGCUACACAAAGCGUGUCACUGCCACCGCCUUCGUCUUCCUCGCAUAUUGCAUUGGCAACAUCAUCGGCCCGCACGCCUUCCUCGACGAGGAGGCUCCCAUCUACCAGACAGGCAUCAAGAUGAUUCUCGCUUGCUCCUGCUGCCAGUUCGGCCUCGCUGUCUUGCUGCGCUUCUGGCUCACCAAGCGCAACAACGAGCGCGACAAGAAGCUCGCAGAGCAGGGCGGCGCAGCCGCAGGAGAUGAUGAGCCAUUGAUGGAUAAGACGGAUUUCGAGAAUCCGGCAUUCCGCUACUCACUAUGA